AUGGAGGAGGUGAUGGGCGGCUGCCAGUUUUCUCCAUCCUCGGCGGUCUUCUUCUACGACGGCUCUUCCAGCAUUCCUUCCCCCGAGGGGGAGCUGGCCGAGGAGGACCUGGCGCCGCGGAUGGCCUCGGCCUCCUCCUUCGGAGACCUCCCGCACCACCGCUCCCCGGCGGAGCUGCCCGGCGGAGGCUCCGACGGCGAGGAGCAGCACGUGCGGGCGCCCACGGGCCAUCCGCAAGCCGGCCCCUGCCUGCUGUGGGCUUGCAAAGCCUGCAAGAAGAAGUCCAGCACCGGCGACCGGCGCAAGGCGGCCACGCUGCGCGAAAGGCGGCGGCUGAAGAAGGUCAACCAAGCCUUCGAGGCGCUCAAGCGGUGCACGGCCGCGGGCAACCCCAGCCAGCGGCUGCCCAAGGUGGAGAUCCUGCGCAACGCCAUCCGCUACAUCGAGAGCCUGCAGGCGCUGCUGCGAGAGCACGUCCACCGCUACUACCGCUUGCCCGUCGCCGCCGGCGCCGGCGGGCAGAGCUGCUCCGAGCCCACCAGUCCCACCUCCAGCGGCUGCUCCGACGGCUUGGUUGAAUGCAACAGCCCUAUCUGGUACAGGAGAAACAGCACUUACGAAAAUGUCUACUGUUCUGAUCUCCCAAAUGCAUAUCCCUUGGAAGACAGCACAGCCCUCUCCAGCUUGGAUUGCUUAUCCAGCAUUGUGGAUCGCAUCUCUUCCUCCGAUCAGGCUGGGUUUUCCCUACAGGACUCUUCUUCCCUCUCUCCCAGUACCAGUCCUGGGUCACAGCCAGGCACUCCAGAGACCCCCCAUCCCAAGCUCAUCUAUCAUGUACUAUGA